AAAAUCUCACAUACGACGAAGUGAUCCAGCUAAGGGUGCCUGUCUUUGCUGCUAAGAAGCUUGAGCCGCACCUCAAAGUGCCAGGUAUGUCGUCUCUCGCUUCGCCUUUGUUUGUAUGGCUAUGACUGUUGUGUUCUGUUCCUUUCCUAUGCCCCUUGUUUUCUCUUUGAUCCAUGUCGGCUAUGGAGUGUUGCCCUUUGGCUGUGUGUAUGCCUUCGGUUUCUUUUGGAGAUUGUCGCUGCGUAUUUGCCUCAACAAUCUAUAGAGUAUCUUGCCUGGCUCUUUGGGAUCUUGGCUUAUGAAAUCUGAUGCCUUUUAUCCAUGCCUUCUAACGCACAGCGGCGAGAAGAGAGCCCAUUACCAAAGGUACUGAACGCCUGCUCGUCCUUUAUCAAUAGUGUUUGUUUUGCAGGGGUUGUGGAAGCUAUACUACAGAAGUUUGGGGAUCAACUCUCGGGCACUAUUUCCAGCAUGACCCCAGAGCACGCGUUCAAAAGAAAGUUCCCGCUCACCAAGGUUCCAAUUUGCCAGAUACCGGUUUCGGGAGGUUGGCAACCGAGUCUUUUGUGGCAUGAUCUGGAGCAGCCUCUUGGUUCUGGAAGGAUUCUUUCAUUGAUUAAAAGAUCCAAGCCCAGUCUUUUGAUUCUAUUCGGCAUCUCUGGAUCCGGAAAGACACGUUGCUUAUACGAGAUUGCGGUGCAGCAGACCUGUCUUUACUUCUCGGGCGUGUGUUCCGGUUCUCCUACUGCUGAUGGCUCCCGGGACCUGUUGGUUGUGUCCGAGACACUGCAGAGGCUGUAUCCAACAGGCCCGAUUCCCGUUUCAUCCCUCAAGACCUGUUUGAGGGCGGUGAUCCUAUCAAGGCUUUUCAUUCACUGCAAAUUUGACGACCUCCUCAAGCCACUCAGCAAUUUGACGUUUCUUUUCAAGCAGGUUAUGCACCGGCAGCUCAACUAUAUUCAGGCUGACCCUUGGGCCUAUUUAACCGGGUGCAUCUUGACGUUGGCGGAGUCAGCACAUGAUCUUCCUGCAUUGGAGUCUGUGUUGAGCGAGAUGCUGUAUGCGUACACCUGGGACUGGCCGAUUAUUUUGGACGAGUGCCAAGAGGUGAACACAUAUCUGAAAGACAGGUUCAUGACAGGGGAUGGGGAGACGGGCAGCCUUAGACGAUCAAUGCUUGAUACGUUUGUUAUCGCUCUACAGGAUGCUGGGUUCAAAAACACAGUAAUCUUUGCUGGGACCGGGAGAUCGCUAUUUCAUGUGGCCACUCACGUCUCCGAGACUCUGAAACACCGUGCGAGCAUCUACUGGUAUACAUCCUUUGGCGAGUUUCGGGAUGGUGAGUCCCUGAGGCAAUAUGCUAGCAAUGUGCUGGAGGAUUGCAGCGUCAUAGACUUUGAGAGGCUCGGGGUGCUGUACAGAGGAAGAUAUCGGGCGUUUGUUACUGCUCUUGAGCUCUAUAUCCUUUCUAACCCGCCUGCAGACGCAGCUACAGGGUUUUUCUUGGAUUAUGCCAAAAAGACAACAUCCAUGAGGGGUGCAUCAGCAAGCCAGGAGAUACGUGGAGAUAUUAUGGACACAGUGAACAGGACUGUGCUCGAUGAUGUCUACCGAUUUUUUUCACGAGUCCCGAGCGAUGAAUUGGCGGCAGCGAAAGCUUUAGUUCAAUCAGUUGUUGCGAACCACUUCUUUGGUACAGGAAAGGUGGUCGUGCUGAAUCCAACGUUAUCACUGGUGGAGUUUGGACUUGGGAGACUUAGUUAUGAAGGGCACGGGCUGAUGCAGUGGGUGUAUCAAGGUCACGACGGAAUUAUUGGGCAUGCUGAUGCAAGCGAAGGAUGCCAAGCUGUAGAGAUCUUCGAGCCACUGGUUUGUCGUGCCUUGUGGCACUAUUUUCAGGAGAAUUCCUCCUUGCAACAUAUCCAACAGCAUCAUUUUCUGGAGAAGGCCGAAUUAAGUGCCAGUGCCACUGGGGAGGUUUAUGAAACUGCCGUUGCAGAGAUGAUUGGGAAGCAUUUAGACGGGAAGUGUCUGGCUGAUCUUUUCUCAUCGUGGAACACACAGCCGAUUCCUGCUAUCUACAACAACACUGCAACUCUUGUCAGGCCUAAGGUUGAUCACCUGAACCUCGUUGGGACCGAGACGGAGGACUUCCGUUUAAUCGAUUGGAUAAACAGCGUGACUAGUGGUCAAGACAACUUCUUUACUUUCUUUUCGACGGGCAGGAAUAAGACUUGCGGCCCGGACAUAUGGUGGUUUUUGACAGUUACGCAAUAUGCACAACCUGAGCAGGGAGACAAGCUUCAAUGCGCUGGAGAACCAAGUAGUGGGGAGCAGGCAGACGAUCGUCAGUCAGUGACAACUUUCAUCAUAUGUGCAGCUCAAAUGAAGACUCUCCAGAAAAUGGCAAGGGGUGACUAUCAGAAGGCUAUCUCUUCGUUGGAUAGUAACAAGUUAUUCUUGCACAAGAAGGGUGGUAAAAAGGCUGUGACGAGGGAAGAGGACGACGAAGGUGCGAAGCGAGUGAGGGAACUCGCAAGAUUUGGGUGCCUAAAACUUGUGGUCACAACGGAUUUUGUAGAUUUGACGAAGUUCCAGCCAAAGGCUAAGCAACAUCCAGCAAAGUUGAGGAAGUUGAACACUGCACAUUGUCAACAAGACUGUGUUCCAGGAGAUGUUCCAGCGUUACUCGGGGUUAUUGAUAGUACAAACAUUUGCAUGUUUGUUGAGCGAUGGUUGAUUGAGAGUGUCAAGAUUUGUAAGGAUUCUCACUGAAUAAAAAUCUCUCUUAGUGGUU